GAACCUGACUAAAAAAGAGCUGAGCACUCGAACUCGAAUCUGCGUGCAGCUUCAUGCAUGGUGAACGUGAAUGCUACUUUACACAACCAUCAUUUUCUGAAUUAAGAUGUUUUACCAUAUAUCUCUGGAACAUGAGAUCCUUCUCCAUCCGAGGUACUUUGGGCCCAAUCUGUUGAACACAGUCAAACAGAAGCUCUUCACAGAGGUGGAAGGAACAUGCACUGGAAAGUAUGGCUUUGUGAUAGCAGUGACAACAAUAGACAACAUUGGAGCUGGAUUGAUACUCCCCAGUCGUGGCUUUGUGCGCUAUCCCAUCAAGUAUAAGGCCAUCGUCUUCAGACCCUUCAAGGGAGAAGUGGUGGAUGCAGUCGUCACACAAGUCAACAAGGUUGGACUGUUUACGGAGAUUGGUCCUCUGUCGUGUUUCAUCUCAAAACAUUCCAUUCCAGCUGAUAUGGAGUUUGACCCUAACUCCAUCCCGCCGUGCUACAAGACCAAAGAUGAGGAUAUUGUAAUACAACAGGACGAUGAGAUCAGACUCAAGAUUGUUGGAACGAGAGUAGACGCAUCAGACAUAUUUGCCAUCGGUACACUCAUGGAUGAUUACCUUGGCCUCGUCAGCUAGUAUGCAAGACACUCGGUAAUGGACGGCCACUUAUCUGAGUGGGGAUAUUUAUGACACAAGCCACGGAUUGGGAUGCCAUCAGAUGUCGUGAGCUCCAAUGCUCUCUUACCAUGCGUAAUACCGAUGCCUCCAUACACUGCAAGACUCAUGUUGAUAUUUUAUACCCUUCUGGGUGUGGAUUUGCUAAAUUUAGUGCCACGGAAAGAAACUUUAAGAUAAUGCAAGUUUUUCAUUUCUGAAUAAACAUAUACUAUGGUGGUGUUCUACUUUUGUUGUGCUAUUCACGCAGGUAGUCCAAGUACACUUAACAAUACUUCUUGAUCAAACGUGCUCCAUUGUUGGUUUUAACACACUUCUAAAGUGACUGUCUCCCAAUACCCAAGACCAACAUUGUUAUUGCUGUUAUCAUUUUGUGACAGUUUAUGAAAAAUUGAAAUGACACAAUUUGUUUUGAAAGCGGAGCACAUUGACUUUACAAGCAAAAUUUGUUUUGGAGGGUAUAGCAAAGCAAGGGCUAUUGCAUGACCAGUAGAUGGUGGUUUUCAACCACUUUGGAGAGCAUAGUUGGUGGGACACACAGCGUGCACAUUCUGGCUGCAUACCUAUGGCGCCAAGUGCAUAUUUUUAUUAAUUUAUUCUGAAUGUGCACAAAUCCAAAGCAUCUUUGCUUGAACCUGCACAACCGUGUCCUCAGCAAUGCAUUUGAAUGUCCUUCCUAGUGGUCUUCCACUAACUCUCCAUUUGCAACUGUUACUUGUGCACAGAGCCCAUAGAACACCCCCUUUAACCAGUUCACGCCGGAGACCGUGUAUACACGCACAAGUUUUGUGGUAUUCGGAACAGAUGACAGAUAAACACGCAGGGAGCGAGGCCGGAAAUAUCUGUUGGUGACCCGCUCACAGCGAGCGAGGCCGGCAAUAUGAGUGUGCUGCCCGAGGGUGAUGGCUUCAAUCCACCUGGCUUGAGGUCGAGUGAAAAGUAAUCCCGCGCCUCGUUCUGUUCUUGUCAAUAUAAUCCCGGCGUGAACUGGUUAAAGUCGUAGGCAUGGCAUCAUUUGUUUUAGUGGAUACAAUUUCUUGAUGUGCCAUUGUGAACUAAAACUAUCCCAUGUAAAUAGCUUUUUUGAUAAAACCCUGUAUCAUAGAAUACGACCAGUAAAGAAUAAAACAAAAUGAAGAACA